AUGCUUGUAGGACUCGUUGUCGCUCGGCAAUUAUGCAUGGGUCUAGGAUAUAUCUACCCACUUUACGCUUCAGUUGAGUCACUACGUACCCGUCAAGAGCAGGAGUUGUUACAAUGGAUUACGUAUUGGGUAGUUAAUGCAUGUUUUUGGGCUGUGGAGACUGUAGGUGACACAAUCAUAUCCUGGGUCCCGUUCUACUUAGAAAUCAAGAUCUUGACUCUGGCGUGGCUUGUACUACCAUCAUAUCGUGGUGCCUUACUGCUGUAUCAAAAUUAUAUUGCUCCAGCUUUCCAGCAACAUGAACAGAUUAUUGAUUAUACCAUUGCUGCCUUAAAACGUCGAGCUGGUGAAAAGAUGGUUCAAGUGUGUAAGGACACAGCAGUAAUUGCUUUGCGGAAUAGUUCGGAUGUCGUUGCACAGAGUCAACAAUAUGUUGCGACUCAAUUGAUGCAACAAGCGUUAGGAAAGCUGCAAGCUGCUGUUCCUGUUGAAAUUCUGCAAAGUGGUGAUUUACGUCAUCCUUCUGUUGUAACUACUGUUACUACCACUGCAACCGUUGUUGUAGAGGAUCCUUCAAUUGCAGACUCGAAAUUAGAAUCUCCUUUUAAACGAUCUGUGGAGCUGAAGUAUUCGAAAAAGGAAGUAAAAGGUCAAGAAGAAUCUUUAGAGAAGCCGAAUCGAUCAGAAAAAGCUCAAGUGCUUCUUGAUCAUUUCAAGAAAGUUCUUGUGAAAGGAUACUACCUGAAGUAUCAUCCCUCAACAGGUAUAGUCAAGAAUCGUGUGUUAUUGCUGGAGUCAGUAAAUGCGCGAUACUUGAGCUUUAUAAGUGCUAGCAAUACUGGAUCGAUCGACGAGAAGAAGAAAGCUGCGCGGCUUUUGCUUUACAAUCUACGACGCGUAUCUGCCUUCGUCUCUGACGAAAAUUCACUACUACAAACAAUGAUUGAAGAAGAAAUCGAUGCAUCAGUGGCAUUUUUCUUAGACAAUGGUAAAGCCAUCAUGUUAUUUGAAGCUGAAACGCAAAAAAUUCGAGACUUGCUCGUUGCGGGACUUCGACUAUUGAUCAGUGAACACAAAAAACGUGAUAAGAUGGUGCUGAAGAAAUUGACUUCAGCUCUAGAAAUUAUGAUGUUGCAACAAGCUUUUACAAAGCUGCGUUUAAAUGCUGAGCGUCCGUUGCGAGAAUCAUCAAAUUAA